CUUGACAGAGCACUAAGUGUCUUACAUAGUUUGUUACUAAUCCAGCUCUAUCUUCCAGAGCUGUACUAGAAAAUGUUUUCUCCUACUGCCGAGUCUCUGGGCUGUUCAGUUUUCUCUAACGCAUUGCAUAUUUUGUUUGUACAUUACUUAUGAUACGACUUGGCCUCAUUUCUAUUGCUGCACAAUUUUGAGGACUUAGAAGGCCACUUCUUGUAUUACGCUUUUACUGAUUCAUCAUAGGCAGAAGCAAUCUCUUCUUUCUUCCUCUUCACUCUUACAGCUCUUAUUUUUACUGGUUGUUUCAUUUAUUCGACAAUCACUGUUGAUUGCUUGCCUACAACGUGCUUGACAGUUUUCUAGAUGUGAACUAGUCAGUGAAUAAAGCUGAUAAGUUUCUUGCCGUCAUGGACGAAAGUGAGGAAGAGAAGCAUUGCUAUUUAAGAAUGGAAGAGGAUCCAGAUUUUCAAAUAAGGUUUAGUUCUUUGUGUUUCAUUACUGAUCAUGUUGGAUUUCAUGGCACUAUAAAAAGUUCACCAAAUGACUUUGUUGUUAUUGAGAUUGAUGAGCAGGGACAGUUAGUUAAUCAAGCCAUUGAUGAACCUAUUUACAAAAGUAGUAAAGUACUACCUGAGCCAAAUAAUAUUGCCAAAAAAACAAAAACAGGUUUUCAAAAUUUAUCCUUUAAAGAGGGAAGCAAGGAGAAAGUCAGUACUUUGGUCUGGUACUCUGAUGAUGACCAGAAUUGUCAGUCUGGUUCAGAAAAGGAAGAUACUAUCAGUGAUGGAAUUUCCAAAGAUGAAGAAGAAAAAGUUUAUUCAUUAGGCUCUUUGUUAAAUGAAAAUACUAAUGAAUUACUGAAUCAGUUUGCCUGCGAUAUAAAAGAGAAAUGGAAUUCUAAAAGUGAGCUAAGUGGACCAUCUCCUGAAUUCUCUGUAGGCAGAAUCCUUGAUAAAAAACAGAGGGCUGUUUUGCAUAGUGCUAUUAGGCAGAAAUUUCCUUUUUUAAUAACUGUAGGAAAAAACACUGAAAUUGUUGUAAAACCAAAUCUUGAGUAUAAAGAACUCUGUCACUUGGUGUCUGAAGAAGAAGCAUUUGACUUUUUUAAAUACUUGGAUGCAAAAAAAGAAAAUUCCAAAUUUACCUUUAAACCAGAUGGAAGCAAAGACCACAGAAAAGCUGUACACCAUUUUGUGAACAAAAAGUUUGGAAAUCUUGUGGAAACCAAAUCUUUUUCUGAAGCUAAUUACAGUGCUGGUAAUCCAAAUACAGUGAUAACAGUAAGAUUUCGUGAAAAAGCACACAACCACAGGAAGAGGUCUGUUGAAUGCCAGGAAAGAAAAGUUAUAUAUACAGCCUUCACCCUGCGGAAAGAGAAUGUAGAAAUGUUUGAAGCAGUUGGUUUUUUGGCUGUCAAACUUGGUGUGAUACCUUCGGAUUUUAGUUAUGCUGGUGUUAAAGACAAGAAAGCCAUCACCUAUCAAGCAAUGGUUGUUAGAAAAGUGACUCCAGAGAGGUUGAAAAAUAUAGAGAAAGAAAUUGAAAAGAAAAGAAUGAGUGUUUUUAAUAUUCGGUCUGUAGAUGAUUCCCUUAGACUCGGUCAGCUCAAAGGAAAUCACUUUGAUAUUGUCAUCAGAAAUUUGAAAAACCAAAUAAAUGAUUCUGUAAACCUGAGAGAGAGAAUUUUGGAAGCGAUAGAAAGUGUUAAGAAUAAAGGGUUUGUGAAUUACUAUGGGCCGCAGAGAUUUGGAAUGGGAAAGAGAGUUCAUACAGAUCAAAUUGGAUUGGCUUUGCUGAAGAAUGAAGUGGUGAAGGCUGUAAAAUUAUUUCUUACACCAGAAGAUCUGGAUGAUCCUGUGAAUAGAGCAAAGAAAUAUUUUCUUCAAACUGAGGAUGCUAAAGGCACGCUUUCAUUGAUGCCCGAAUUUAAAGUUCGAGAGAGAGCAUUGUUGGAGUCAUUGCAUCGCUUUGGCAUAACCGAGGAGGGUUGUAUCCAGGCAUGGUUCUCUUUUCCCCAUUCUAUGCGCAUUUUCUACAUUCAUGCAUAUAGCAGCAAAGUUUGGAAUGAGGCAGCAUCUUACAGACUUGCAACCUAUGGAUCAAGAGUGGUAGAGGGUGACUUGGUCUGUUUGGAUGAAGAUGGUGAUGAUGAGCAUCUUCCAAACAGUAAAGUUCAUCUAGUAACUGAAGAAGAGGAAUCGGCUAAUACAUAUGCAAUACAUCAGGUGAUCCUUCCAGUGCUUGGAUACAAUAUUCAGUACCCAAAAAACAAAGUAGGCCUGUGGUACCAGGAAGUGCUUAGCAGAGAUGGACUACAGACAUGUAGGUUUAGAGUACCUACUCUGAAACUGAAUGUUCCAGGAUGCUACAGGAAGAUUUUGAAACAACCCCAUAAUAUCUCAUACCAACUAAGAGAAGAACAGGAUACUGAUGUCAAAGCAGAAGGUUCCCAUAAAUGUGAAACAACUCUAUCUCUUCUGAUUUCUUUUGAUCUUGAUGCUUCGUGUUAUGCUACAAUUUGCCUGAGGGAAAUAAUGAAGCAUGACUUUUAAAACCGUUAUCCUUGAUAUAACAUAUAUAUAUAUGUUUCUCUUUAAAGGAAAGGGAGCUAAAAUUUCUUGCGCAUCUGCCAUGUACUAGGAGCUUUAUAAUGAUCUCCUUUAGUUACAUGAUAUCCAGGUGAAGUAGGAAUUCGUUGCUAAUAUUCUGGAAGGCGUGUAACUAGUAAGUGACAGUGUCUGAGUUUAAGACUUCAAAGCCUGUGUUUUUUUCUUUUUCUAUUAUCUAACAUUUCAGUGACCUUUAUUUGGUGUUCUAAAAGUUACAGUCUUUCUGAACUAUGAGGAGUAAGUAUGUAAUACUGUAAGACAGCAUUUAAAAAAAAAGGUUUUGGAAUAGUGUUUAUAUCCUUUAGCUCCUUGCUUAGAAUAUAAAUGAAACUGGAUUGUAAUGAAAGCACAUAGUUGGAGAUAAAGAUAGAUGAAGCAUUUUGUUAAUUAUGAUUGUUUUUAACUAUUUUUGAAAUUAUCGAUAAGAAAAUAUAUUAGGAAAAUAUAGUCUCUCUAUUUAUGAUAGCUACCUCAGGGUAGUUUACCCCUUUAUGAGACAAAUAAUCUUUGAUAAAGAUUGAAAUAAAAAAUUUAUACAAUUUUUUUAUCUUGUAAUGCAUUGAUCCUCAACUUUUUUUUCUACUCCCCAUUAUCUGAAACACAAACUUCAGAGUCAGGCAGAUCUGGGCUCGGACUUCAGGUCUGACACUUAGUAGUGACUUUGGGUAUGUUAUUGAUUAUUUGUGGGGGUCACUUAAAGAACCAACGUAUCACCCAUCUCAUAAGCAACAAAUAAUAGGACUAUCUCUACUUUUAUGUUGCUAGGGGAAGAUAACAGUUGGCCCAUUUAAAAAUUUAAAUACAUGUACUUGUUGGUUUAACUAUUUCACAUCAUAAAUCAUCCUUAACUAUUUUAUAUUACUUAAAUUUGAGGGGAAAUGGGAUGAAUCGAGCAUUCUUUUAUUACAAGUAACAUUAUAUAAUGAAACUUUAAAAGCAGUAUGCAUUAUAUAUUAGUAAUGUGGCACAUUUAUAUACUUUAAGUAAGUCAAAGCAUUUCAAGAAUAUCAGCAUAAGGAAAUAAAAUUCAAAAGAAGGAAAAGAGCCAUAUACAAUGCAAAAUUUGCUUAUUGCAGCACUUUUAUAUGUAAUGAAAGAAAUUAAAACUAGUUUGAAAGCCCAGCAUUAGAUAACAAAAGUAAGUAAAAUGACACGUAUCAACUUGAUGGCAGAUGUGCUAAGUAUUAAAAGUGAUGAUGAUGGUUUUAGGUAGAAAAUACUGCCCCUUAAAGCAGAACAUAUAAAUAAGUAAUUUAUGUACACUCUAUGUACAUAAGUAACAUAUAGCAGAACAUAUAAAUAAGUAAUUUAUGUACACUCUAUGUACUGAAUGCAGCUUUUUCAGAUGAGAGGCACUUCAGCAUAGUGAUUAAAAAGCAUGGAUGACUGGAGACAAACUCCCCAGUUUGAACCUGGACUCAGCCACUUAUAGCCAUGUGGCCUUGGACAAGUUAUUUAAGCUUUGUGUGCUUCAGUUUCAACAUCUAUAAUAUGAGGAUGGUAAUACUCCUACCUUUUAGGAUUAUUGUGAUGAUUUGCUGAGCACGUAAAGCAGCUUAGAACAGUGCAUUUUAGGAAUAAUAGCAUAAGGAAAUAAAUGUCUCCAGAAGCAAGUUUGGGAAGGAAGGAGAAAGGAAAGGAAGAAAGAAGUAAAAAGGAAAGAAGGAUGAUAAUCUGUUAAGAUGAUAGGGCAUUUGGAUAUUUUUAAUACCAAAAGUCCCUUUUUUGUCAUUACAUAUUUUAAUAAUAAAUAAAUUUAGGACACAAAAUGUGGAGAUUGUAAUUCCAUGGGUUGGAAAAAUUACCUUUAUUUUAAUGUUUAUUGAAAACCAAAUGAUAUAUUAAGUAGUAACACAUUUUAGAAAAAUAUUUGCUUCAUUUUAUAUGAUAAAUUAUAUUCUGUAAAUAUAAUUGGAAAAUGCAUUGUGUAGAUUAUUAAAUCCCAGUUUUCUUUUAAAGGUUGAGUAGCAAUUAGAAAAUGUGAAAGCAUGAAAAUGUGCUUUUAUUGAUGUUAUUUUCUUUGCCUGUAGAUGGCACUAUAAUUUUAGAUAUGUUCAUUACUUUGGCCGUGUAUGAAGUAAGGAUCGCUAAACUUGUUUGAGGCCAUCAUAAAAUGUACUUAGAUAAUGUAGAUGUGGAGAAUUAUUGUGUAUACCAAUAACAUUUGCCAUGUUCAUUGAUUUUUUUUUUCAUUUUAAGGACUUUUAAGAUAACUUUGGACCAAAUGAUGAUCAGGUUUUUGCCACAGGUUUUACUGGGGCAUUUUAGGCUUUCAGGAGGAUACUCUUUGGAUAAGUUUUAAUUUCCAAAGUUGCAUUUUUUUUAUUGAUUAUGCCAUUACAUUUGCUCUAUUCCCCCCUCCAUUCCCCUCCACCCUGCAUACCCCUCCCCCACCAUUUCCCCCUUUAGUUCAUGAACACGUGUCUCAAAUUCUUUAGAUUCUGUAUUUCCCCUACUAUUCUUACCCUACCCCUAUCUAUUUUCUAUCUACUGUCUAUGCUACUUAUUUUCUGUACCUUCUCCCCCCUUCUCCUCCUCCCACUCCCCUGUUGCUAACCCUCCAUGAGAUCUUUAUUUCUAUGGUUCUGCUCCUGAUCUAGCUGUCCUCUUAGUUUGCUUUUGUUUUAGGUGUGGUUGUUACUAACUGUGAGUUUGCUGUCCUUUCACUGUUCAUCUUUUUUAUCUUCUUUUUCUUAGGUAAGUCCCUUUAACAUUUCAUAUAAUAAGGGCUUGGUGAUGAUGAACUCCUUGAAUUUGGUCUUAUCUGAGAAGCACUUUAUCUGUCCUUCCAUUCUAAAUGAAAACUUUGCUGGGUAGAGCAGUCUUGGUUGUAGGUCUUUGGUUUUCAUGACUUGGAAUACCUCUUUUCAGCCCCUUCUUGUCUGUAAGGUCUCUUUUGAGAAAUCCACUGACAGUCUGAUGGGAACUCCUUUGUAGGUGACUGUCCCCUUAGCUCUUGCUGCUUCUAGGAUUCUCUCCUUCAUUUUAAUCUUGGCUAAUGUAAUGAUGAUGUGCCUUGGUGUGUUCCUUCUUGGGUCCAAGUUCUUUGGGACUCUCUGAGCUUCCUGGAUUUCCUGGAAGUGUAUUUCCUUUGCCAGAUUGGGGAAAUUUUCCUUUAUUAUUUGUUCAAAUAAGUUUUCCACUGGUGGCUGUGCCUUUCCCCCUUCUGGUACCCCUAUAAUUCGGAUGUUGGAAUGUUUAAAGAUGUCCUGGAGGUUCCUAAGCUUCUCUUCAUUUUUUUGAAUUCUUAUUUCUUCAUUCUUUUCUGUUUGAUCAUUUUUUUCUUCUUUGUGGUCCACUCCCUUGAUUUGAGUCCCAAUUUUCUUUCUGUUACUAUUGGUUUCCUUUGUAUUACCAUUCAUUUCAAUUAGUUUAGCUUCCAUAUGUUCCUCUAAUUUGUGACUAAAAUCCACCAGUUCUGUAAGGAUGCUGAUAACCAGUGUUUUGAACUGUGCAUCUGAAAGACUGGCUAUUUCUUCAUCGCUUAGAUCUAUCGGUUCUGGGGCUCUGAGUUGUCCUAGAGCCAUUUUUGGUCUAUUCGUGCUGUUAAGUAAGUGGAGCGAAGCCUUAGUUGUUUACCAGGACGGGCCGACCCAGGUCGCUGGUUUGUGAUGCUGUGUGUGGGGGCGUGGUCAGAGAGGGAGCAAUGGCGGUCCUCUCCGCUAGCCCAGCCCGUCCAGUCACACCACUCGCCUGGGGCUUGUUUAUCGGAUGGGAAUUGUGCGAGCCUGCUGCCCUGUGCAGGCUUCCCUUCUCAUUGGUUUCUCUGCACGCAGAUGCACGACCGACCGAGACAGCCCACAGCGCCUCUUCCCUGUGCGCUCCCAUAGCUAAUUCGCGAUCAUCGCCUUCGGCUGCUUGCGCACUGCGCACCACCCGGGAAUUUUUUCUUGCUAACCUGCUCCGCUGCUGGCUUCGCUUCUCUUACCGGUUUAGCUGAGCAUUUAGUUGUCUUUGGACUCCGUAUUGUCGAUUUUCCGUGUGGCUUGGUUGUGAUUGUUGUUAAAAAUAGUUGUUCUUAGAUUUGGUUGUGAACAGAGGCAAGGUGGUUCCUCCACCUAUGUCUCCAUCUUGGUGGAACCAAAGUUGCAUUUGAAACUGAGUCACAGUGCCUCAGGAUUACAAAGGUAAAACUAAUGGAAACAUUUUUAUUAAGAUAAAAACACUUACAUUUUUGCAAGUUGUAAUAAGCUGAAAGUCAUAUGUAACUUUUGAUGGAAGUAUUAUUUAUUGAGUAUGUGGUUGAACUUGAUCAUGCUUCCCAAGUAGGCACUGUUUCAUCUGUCUAAGAUUUACCUUCUAAAAAUAUGGUUUUUUUUUUGGUUAACAACCCAUUCCUACCAACUUACUAUUACUUGCCAUUUAAUAAUAAGUAUAUUGGAGCAGAGAGAAACAACAUUCCUUUUGAGAUUCUGAAACCAAAAUAGAGUGAUCGAUCCUUCAGUAGAUUUCCAAAUCAUUUUGGUGUAGUUUUCAGAAUAUUCUGAGACUUGUAUCACAAUCACAGGCAAAAUCAUUGUAAGUAAUAAGAAGUUACUUGAAAUUUUACCUGGCACAUUAUUAGACGAUAUUGGGGAAAGAAACAACAGUGAGAGAGUUACUUCUUUUUCAAUUCUCUUUCAGUCCUUUAACCAAUCAUUCUGUUCAAGGCGAGGAAAAAGCUGAUCGAUACUAGUCUUCAUAUAUUUUAUCACUAAAACUUGUUGAUUUACCUUUGAACAGAGACAGCUCGGGUCUCAGGCUCAGGAAUACUAACAGGCAACAAUAUCUAAUGGGAAUUUAAGAAGAUUGCUUUGUUUCACUGAAUUUAUUUUUCCAGUAAUCUUUUUUAUUUAUGGCAAAUAAUCCAUAUAAAUUUCCAUUUAUGUGACAUUCCUUUAAAAAUAAAUUUAAUUUUACAGGUGAUUGUAUGGAAUAUGAAUUGUAUCUCAGUAAAGCUGUUUAAAAAUAAAUUUAAUUUUAAAAAGAGGGAAUUAUUUUAAAGGUAUUGAGGAAAUACUAGUGUAGGUAUAGCAAUAGCAGCAGCAGCAGCAGUAGCACAAGAAUGCUUGGAAAAUCCUGGCAUGGCUGCGAGUGCCCGAACCCAGUGAGGGGCUCUACCACUGCACUAGGAGGUGGCUUCACUCACCCACUGCACUUCUCUGUUGUGGUGAGCCCGUGUUUGAAGUAAUGUUAGUAAUCAUUUUCUAGUCCAGGACAGUACUGCAUCAAACAAACAAUGAAAAAUGUACAAAUUCAAGAUACGAGCACAAGUACUGAUGAUUAUGUGCUAUAUCUUAGAAUUUCACCUGUAGGGUCUUUAUUUUAGAAACACUAAGAACAGGGUAUAGCAUCUCAUUAAUUCUCAAUAAAUGUCAGCUAGUGUUGUUAUCAUUAAUAUUGGGUUGGCCAAAGGAUCCGUUUAGUUUUUUUUAUAAAGUAAAAGACAACAUUUUUAAUUUUCACUAAUAAUUUUAUUGACUUGGAUAUUUUUAGUAUGUCGGCUAUCUCCUGGGUGGUAUAACAUUGAUUGCUGUCAUUUAAUGUCUCAAUUUGAUCACUGUCAACUUCAAUUAGUUUACCCAACUGUGGAGCAUCAUACAACAAGAAAUCUCCAGCACGAGACUUCGCAAACCACUUUAGACAUGUUUGACCAGUCACAGCACCUUCUCCAUACCAUGCACAAGUCUUCUUGUGUGUUUCUGUUGUGCGUUUACCUUUCUUGAAAUAAUAAAGCAUAAUAUGCCAAAAAUGUUGCUUAUUUUCUCUCAUCUUCAGUAUUACAAUGGCUACACAAAAAUUCACUAAUUUUGAUAAGUUUUUUCAAAAUGCAUGCUGAAAUGACAGCUGUCACAGUAUGGUCUAACAAAAUUGUUUCAAAUGAAGUUGAAGACAACUAUGCUUCUAGAGGCAUUUUGCAAAAAAAAAAAAACAACCUGAAUUUUUCAGCCAACUCAAUGUUAUAUCACCGGUGCUUUCUGAUGAAAAGUUUUACAAUUAAGUGGUUAGGGACUUUCCCUUGAGAUCUGAUCUUACUCUGUCUUAAUAUAAAGUAAUUAUAAUUCAGCAGACUUUUUUGGUAAGUAGAAAUGACUAUUUCUAAAUCUGGGAAUUCAGCAGUUCAUUCCAAUUAGGAUCUUUAAGAAGGAUUUAGGUCAGUGUUCCUUAGUAUUUUCUGCCUGGGACCCACCAUUAAGAAGCCAAAAUGAAAAUGAAGGCCUUAACAGUACAGAAUUUUCUUGCAUUCAUGUAAAGACAGUAAAAGAGGUUGAAGGAAAAUGUGGGAGUAAGGAAAAUAGGACUUUUCAUUUUUUUCUCUAUUUCUGAAAUGUGUAGAUAUUUAUUUAUUUUUAGUUUUGUUCAAGUACAGUCAUCUCCAUUUUUCCUCCCACCACUCCCCCCCCACCCCGACCUUCCCCAUCUUCCACCCUCGAUCCUACUUCCUUUGGCUUUGGAUUUUUAAAGAGGAAUACAUUUGUGUAUUAAUUUUGUAAUUAAAAACCUUGAAGAAUACUUAAGGUUCAGAGAAGGUAAGGUAAAGCAAUUACAUUUGGAUGAUUAUAUAUUUUUUUGAAUUUCUUUUUUGGUUCAUGCCAACAUAUGGCCAGAGAGAGAAAUCUAUGCAUUGUAUAUUUUAAUAGCACUAAUGGCAGUUAAAGUAAGUAGUUUAAAUUUUAGUGCCUCUGCUAUGGAUUUUGCUUUCAGAUUUAGAAAGAUGUUUAGAGAUAGGUUGAUAUAUUAUGGUAUUGUUUUAAUCUGUGUUUUUCUAAGCCCUCUGCUUUAUGUAUUUUUGACAAAGCAAUGUCAAAUAUAUGACUUAAUAAUCAAUGUUCCCUUAAAUUAAAGGUGCUCUAUAAGAUGUAAUGGGAAAAGACAAAAAUAAAUCAAGUACCAUCCCUGCCUUUAAGGGAUUACAAUUUUAUAACCUUUAAGCUAUUCUUUGAUUUGAAAUACCAUCUGCAUAAAGAAAAUACAGACUAAAUGUUAAAGGGGAAAAACAGGCAACAUUUUUUCAUUUCACUAUGGCUCACUGUAUAACCAAUAAUGUUACUUGACCUCUCCGAACCUUAUUCUAAAUCCUUAAAUGAUACGUAUAUUAGCAUUUCUAAGCGUUGAGAUCUCCUCUUAAAGUAUGCUUUGAACUAUUCCGUCUAAAUGCUGCUUUCUAGAAAGCUACUAGUUUAAAGAAUGGGAAAUGGUGUUAAUGGAGUUAAUCUUGUGUAAUUUCAGUGUGGGUUGUCAGGAAUACCUUUAAGUAAAGAAAAUGACUCUAAUCUUCUUAAGCAAUUCAUUUUCUUAGCAACUAUGAGGCAGCAGCUAAUUUACUCUGUCUGUGUACAUAAAUCCUGUCUUAUUAGAGAAAAAUUUUACUCAUGGAAAGAAGUCCGGAUACCCGUGAAAUUAUUUAAAUGUAGACAUAUUGAAAAAUACUACAAAUUGUAAGACACAUUAAAGUGUAUUUUUGUUAUCAGUUUCUUUAAUAGCAAUCACCAUUAUAAAACGAAAUCCUCGUUACAAGGAGAAAAUUUUAUCAUGGAGGCAAAACAAGAGCUAUGUGGUUGUUUUUAAAGGGUAAAGAUCAAAGCUGGUUACUCCUUAACUGAGGGUGUUUGAGCAGCAGGAUGGGGUGGGGAGUGGGAAGGGUUAGGGACUCAAUUCUUUAUGCUUUUAUUCCAAGUCACCCUUUUCUGGUAAGCCUUACUGGCAUUUUCUUAGACUGGUUAAGUCAGCAUUCUAAGUUUUUUCACUGCAGUGCAGUUUUAAUCUUACAUGAUUAUUGUUCCCACCCCCUACUCCUGGCCGUAAAGGACAAGUGUUCUUUUCUAAAAUGGGAAGAUGAAGAUUUUCUAUAAGUAAUCUUUAUAAUUUCUCUAGGUUAUACUAAAAUAGAUUUAUUCUUGCAUCUAUUUUCAAAAGGAACUAAUUUAUGUUAACAUUACAAUAUUAAGAUGAGAUAUCUUAAGGGAAAUUUAAUAAUUUUUAUGGUAUAUAAAUUAUAACAAUGCACUUUUCUUGUUUAGGAACCAGUAGAAAAUCUGGGGAACAGUUAUUCUGGAUUCAGAUAACAUUCUCCCAAGGCAUGGAAAGAGAAAACUGUAAUUUCACAGGAAGCAUUUGAUGAUUGUCUAUUUUAUGUACACAUUCUCUCUCAUUGUGAUUAUUGUGCUAAUUUUCUAACUGGCUGCCUCCCUCCAUUCUUCACUCUCUGCAGUCCUUGUGUACUAAUGUCAGCUAUCCUGCUAAAAGUGGAAGUCUGGUUGUCAUUGUGUUUGUGGCAUUUAGCAUGUUAGUGGCUUCCCAGUAAUGAUGGAAUAGAAGUCCAAAUCUCUAAACAUAGCAUAUGUAGACCUGCCCAGUAUGACUUCAAAUUAUUUUUCAAGAUUUCAGGUCUAACAUUGAAAUCUUUAAUCCAGUUUGAAUUUAUUUGCGUGUGUGUGUGGUGUAAGAAGGUAGCCUAGUUUCAUUUUUCUGCACGUAUCUGUCCAAUUUCCCAGCACCAUUUAUUGAAUAAACUACCUUUGGUCCAUUGUAUAUACUUGCUUCCACUGUUGAAUAUUAAUUGACUAUAAAGGUGUGGGUUUAUUUGAGGCUUUAUCAUCUGUUCCAUUGAUCUAUGUGUCUGUUUUUAUGUCAGUGCCAUGCUGUUUUGAUUACUGUGGCCUUAUAAUAUAGUUUGAUAUUAGGUAAUGUGAUUCCUCCAACUUUGUUCUUUUUUCUCAGGAUCACUAUUGCUAUGUGGGACUUUCUGUGGUUCUGUAUAAAUUUUUGAAAUAUUCUAGUUCUGUGAAAUGUGUCAUUGGAAUGUUGAUAGGAAUUGCAUUGAAUCUAUAGAUUGCUUUGGGUAGUAUAGACAUUUUAAUGAUGUUAAUUCUUCCUUUCCAUGAACACAGUAUGUGCUUCCACUUACUGAUUUCUUUCUUCGGUAUCUUACAAUUUUCCAAGUAUAGAUCUUUUACAUCAUUGGUUAGGUUUAUUCCUAGAUAUUUUAUUCUGAAUAAAAUAUCUGAAGCAAUUGUGCUUUCUGAAGCAAUUGUGCUUUCUGAAGCAAUUGUGAAUGGGAUUGUGUUCUUAAUUUCCCUUUGUGUUAGUUUAUUAUUGGCAUAUAAAAAUGCAACUGCUUUCUGGAUAUUAAUUCUGUAUCCUUCUACUUUGCCAAAUUUCUUUAUUUGCUCUAGUAGUUCUUGGUGAAAUCUUCAGGGUUCUCUAUGUACAUCCACAAAUAAAGACAAUUUUAUUUCUUCUUUUCCAAUUUAGAUGCUUUUUAUUUCUUCUUCUUGUCUGAGUGCUGUGGCUAGGUGUUCCAGUACUAUGUUGAAUAAGAGAGGUGAAAGCAGACAUCUCUGCCUUGUUCCCAGUCUUAAGAGGAACACUGUGGUUUUUGCCCUUUGAGUAUGAUGCUGGCAGUGGGUUUGUCCUAUAUGGCCUUUAUUGUGUUUAGGUGUUACUAUGCUUAGGUAUAUUCUCUUUAAUCCCACUUUGCUGAGAGUUUUUUUUUUUAGCAUAAAUCAGUGCUAGAUUUUAUUGAAUGCUUUUUCUGCAUCUAUUGAUAUGAUCAUGUGGUUUUUAUCUUUCAUUUUGUUUAUGUGGUGAAUCACAUUAAUUGGUUUGCAAAUGUUGUACCAACCUUGCAUUCCUUGUAUAAUCCCACUUGAUCAUGAGUCAUCUGCCACUUUCUCUGUAAACAUACCUUUGUUUAGCUCUGUUUGCUCUUUCACAAAUACAGCAAGUUUCCCAUGUUACACACCUCAGCCUCUGUUUCCCAUUGGCACAGUGUCUUCUCAGCUUAGGUUAAAAGUAUUGUCUGUGAAAUCUGUGUAGUCAUAACACUUUGUGUAUGUCUCUACUAUCUCAUCGCUCACAUCACAUUAUAGUUAUUUGAUCAAAAAUCUGGCUCAUCCACUACUGUUUAAGGGCAUUCAUCUUCACAGGCAUCUAUCCAGUGCCUGACAUGUUACAAGUAGGUUUAAAAAUGCUUCAUGAACACCAGAAUCAUAACUUAGUAAAUUAUAGUUUUAUAAAAGAAAAAGCUCACAAAUAGCCAGAGAAAGAUUAUUCUUAAGGAAUGGUGAGAGUGAUAGCAAACUCUUCAGAACACUGAUAGAACAGGCUGAAAUAACUAACAAAAUUCGCAACCAGGUAAUGACUCACUAGAUGAAAUUAAAACAGAUGGACAAAAACCCCAAAAAACACCUCAGGCAGGAGUUAAAGGAUUCCAAAUAAAAAUCUAAGGUGGAGGAAUGAAUGAUGAACAAGACCAGUGAUAAAUUGUUUAAAUAUAAGCAAGCAUUGACUCAUUAGUAUUACUUAAUCCCUUCACCUUUAUCACCAGUCUUCCCAACCCCCUCCCUCUGGCAACCUCUAGUCUAUUCUUUGUAUCUAUCAGUCUGUUUCUAUUUUGUUUGUUCACUUAUUUCGUGAAAUCAUAGGGCAUUUGUGUUUCUCUGUCUUGACUUAUUUCACGUAGCAUAAUAUCCUCUAGGUCCACCCAUCUUGUUCCAAAUGGUAGUGUUUUAUUGAUUUUUAUGGCUGGGUAAUGUUACAUUGUAUGUAUGUAUUACAACUUUUUUAUCCACUCACCUAUUGAUGAACACUUCAGUUACUUUCCUAUCUUGGUGAUUGUAAAUAAUGGUACAUUGAACAUAGGGGUGCAUAUGUCCUUUCGAUUUAGUGUUCUGGGUUGUAACAUUGAAAUGUUCUAGACUAGAAAGAGUUGUUAGCUUUUUCAAACAUAAUUUCAAGUGCUAUAAACCUUGAAUGACUAUAAAAAUUAAUAUUUUUCUAUAAAAUAUAUGUUAUAUAUGUUUUAUAUGUUAUAUUAUUUUCAAGGUACUGUCACAAAAAUACUUAACUUAUUCUUUGAAUCAUAGUUUUUACCAGAAAGUGUAUAUAACUAUUUCACACACAAAAUCCAUUAUUAAAUGUAUGAUCAGGGAAGGAAUUUCUCAUUAAAAAUUUGAAACUACUAUAUUUUAAAAUGUCAUAUAAAUUUCAUACUUAUUAUUUACCCUAGUACUUAUAUUUUAUUCUUCUUAUAAUAAUAUAAUAAUAUAAAAUAUAACAAUAUAUUUUUCACUAACUCCUACCCCCUACAUCUUCUUCAGUCUCCUUUAGUAUGAUACAAAUAUUAUUUUCUACAUGUGAGGGAAAAAAGGUUGGGGAAUACCAUAGAACCAGAUGGAGGUGGGGAAAGAAUAUGAAGGAAAAAAUCCUCAUUAUCUUCAAUCAUUCUGCAUUCUAAGGCUAUAUUAAGAAACAAAAAGUGUUAGGAAAUAUUAUAUGUAUGUAAAUAUUGCUACCUAUAUUUAUUUCCUUGUGUAUUUCCCCUUUACUUUCUCUCUUUCUUUUUUUCUUUUGCUCUUUUUUCUCUUCUCUCUUACUUUUCUCUUUUCUUUUUCUCUUUUCUCCCAUGCUUUCAUUCUGUGUUUGACAACUGACUUGAUCAGUUCCAUAGCCACAAAAAGUCAUAAGUGGUUGGCUUCAUAAGAUACUUCUGUGACCUUUGCACUGACGGUUGCUUAGUGUUCCCAAAAGAAAACUCACUGGGAGCCAGCCUUCAACUUCAAUGGCUACUCCAAUUUCACAGUGAAAUGUAUCUCUCUGCUUAUAACCCCCUCUAAGCUCAUCUAACUCGACUAGGUAUUCUUCAUGUCUUAAGGCUCUAUGGAAAGCUGGGAUCUAGCUUAUAAUUUUUUCUGUUUAUAUCUGCAGCGUUAAGAUGCUCAUUUUAUCAUGUGGACACUUUCUCGAUGACAAAUCAAGUGAAGUAUUUUGAUAAUCAGCUGAAUUUCUCUAAUAAUUGCAGAGGAAUAGAAUUUCUAGUAAAAGCUAUUGGGAAAUAGUCAACAUGUACUUAAGAAGACAAAUUAGCUUAACAUUUUAAGUUCCUGGUUACUGUUUUUAUGAUUAGCUUACUGUCAUCCAAGAGAGUAAACUAAACAAGUCUUAUAAGACAGGGGUUAAAACUUAGGUCUCUGCCAAAACCCUUUCAGAUGACUUGAUAGGAAUGUGGUUGUGCAGGUGGGCUUUUCCCCCUUCUGGAAACGAAACAAAAGCAAUAAGGAAAACAGUUCUUUAUAAUGUGCAAACAGUAUAGCGAGAAAACUUACAUGUGAGAGCUACAAGAACAGCUGAGACCUGAAAAAAUUUGCACGGUAAGAAGUAGAAAAGUGGAAAGCGAGUUCAGUAACAGCAGAUCUCAAAAAAGGAAAAAAUGAUUUUUGUAAAAAUGAGGGGCCUGCCCUAAAAAAGAAAAAGUUACCUCUAGUUUGGAAGAGUCUGAGGAAUUGAGUAAGCAAGGCUGAUGGCAGAAACUUGCUGAGGUACUCCUGGUUUGGAGCUAACUAAACUAAGUGUUGCAAACAGUGACGUGCUGGGUGUGUGGGAAACCGAGGAGAGACUCUGAGUUACGAAUCAUGAAGGAUUAUCCUGGUCUCUCCUCACCAAGAGCUUUCUGCAGUAACUGGUCCAGGAAAAUGCAAUCAUACAAUAAUGAGGAGUACAUGAAACUGGUGCAGUGUCAACACAGGUAUUACACGAUAAACAUGUGAGAGAGAGCAGCAAAAUUGGUUAAUAGGGAAAGGAGCCCAUAAAGAAGGUAAAACUUGUGAUGUAUACUCUUGUUAUAUUUUAUGUUGAGUAAAGCAAUCAGUUCUAUGAAGGGAGACUAUAAAAUAGAAGGAGAAGAAAGAAAGGAGUGUAGGAAAUACAAGACGACAGAAGUAGAAGGGGAAUCAGAUAGAUUUCAAAAAGACGCAGAAAACAGCAAAACUGUCAGAGAAAUGAAGAUGAAAUUUAAAUAAGAACAAAAACUAUAAAUAAUGAGGAAAAUACAAUAAAGGACAAAAAUAAGGAGAACAAAAUUGAAUUCGCCAAAAUAUUUGAAGAGUUAAACACACACAGUGAAAAUGUUAAUGGUUAGGAUGUUAAAGGACAAGAAUGACCUGAUCCUUUCUUAUCCUUUUAUAUAGAAGCAAAGGUCACUUUUGUACUUUGACUAGGUACAGAAAAUACCAACUUGACUAGGUGUUUUCUAAUAACAAGGAAAUCUUGGACAAAAUAUAAAUUAUGCUUUUCUGUGGAAUUCUAAAAGAAUCAUGGAUGCAAGGAAGGCUUCAUGAGCUGUCCUAGGGUGAAAUGAAUUCUCCAUCGCUAAGCAGAGAGCGUAACUGAACUCGACCUAAUUAAAGCUGUGGGCUGGCAUGGGCCAAACCCUAGAAAGAAACGGAAUAAACAGCCUCUCCUUCCAACAGUCAAAUAAGGAUGGGGCUUGUACUAUUUGAGAAAUAAAUAAAACAACACUUGUGCUUUAUGCUUAGUGUCAAAAAUGAAAUUAAAAUUAGACAUUAAUGAAGCAAGAAAAUGUGAUUCAUAAUGAAGAGAAAACUUACUGUUGAAAUAUUAAACAGUUUUUCCUCAGAUCAAAAAAAAGGCAGUGAUGCCUACAUUCACCACUUCUAUUACACUCGAGGUCCUAAGUGCAGUGAAGCCAGAAAAAAUGCAUAAAGUAGGGUUGGAAAGGAGAAAAAUUACGUUUUUAUCUUUGGAAGACAAAUAGGCGAAUACAAAAAAAUCUACAGAGAACAAAACAACUAAUAUAUGGUUUUAGCCAAUUCACAGACUAUAAAGACAAAGUACAAAAGUCAACUUUAUUUCUAUAUAAUAGCAAUGAAUAACUGAAAAACAAAAAUUUUUAAGUAAUACUAUUUACAAUAGGCUACAGACAUGAAAUAUUUAGAAAUGUAUUUAGCAUAGGCUUACAUGUCCUCUAAACCAUUAAGAACAAAACAUUUCCAAGAGAAUGAAAAACUCAAAUGAUGGUCAUUGCAGAACUCAUUAUUGUUAAGAUGUCCAUUCAUCCCAAAUUGGUAUAUAUAUUUAGAUAUUGACUAACAGUCAAAAGAGCAAGAUGUUUGCGUGAAAAAUGGUACAAAUGAUUUGGAAAACUGGCGGUUUGUCAUAAAUGUAGACGUAUGCUACUAUAUGAAUAAGCAAACCCAUUUCCAAGUAUUUAUCAAAGAUUAAUGAAAACCCACAAAAAGCAUGCAAAAUGUUGUACAAAAGUGUUCAUAGUAACGUAUAUAAUAGCCAGUGAUUGGAAACAACCCAAAUCUCUAUAAGGAAGGUAAAGAAAUGGCGUACAUUCAUACAAUAGAAUAAAAAUUUUAAGAUACAUUGUGGCAAUAUAUAUGAAUAAAAAAUAGUGUAUUGCUUGAGAGAAGCCAGAAAUAAAAGAGAACAUGUGCUGUUAUUCCAUUUAUAUGAAGUUCAAAGCUGGCAAAAUAAACUGCGGUAAUAGAAAUCAGAACAGUGGUUCCCUCGGUGUGGGGUGGGGGGCGAGGGUGGAGAGGUUGGUGAGAAUGUCAAGGAGCUGCAGAAGAAAAGGGGGGUCCAACGGCCUGAGGGAACUUCCUCUGUGAAGGAAAUAUCCUCUCGCUUGUUUGGGAUGGAGGGAAUGGAUUUAUAAAUUUGCCAAAACUUGUUAGAUUGUAUACACUUAAGAUCUGUACUUUUCACUGUGUGUAGAUUAUACUUGAAUAAAAU